AUGGGCAGUGGGCACAGAGAGGGGGGCACGAGUUAUGGAGCAAAAAUUCGUGCCCCGCAUGCCCUGGUGAUGACGUUUCUGUUCAGGAGUGGAAGUUUAAGAGAGAAGCUGAAGUCGAUUGCUCAGGCCACCUACACCCACUCCAGGAACUUGGCCUAUUUCGUGUUCACCUACAAGGGGCUGAUGGCCCUGCAGUCCCAGCUGCAGGGGAAAAAAAUUCCAUUGCAUUCUUUCUUUGCAGCCUGCAUUGGAGGUUGGCUGGUGUUUGGUGAGAACAAUCCCAUCAACAGCCAGAUCAUCAUGUACCUGCUGUCCCGUGUCCUGUUCGGCCUGUCCCGCCUGGCGGUGGAGAAAGGCUAUAUCCCACAGCCAAAGCAGGAUCCAUUCCCACUUGUGGCUGCUCUGAUCUGGGGGACAGUUCUCUGGCUCUUUGAGUACCACAGGCAGACCCUGCAGCCCUCCCUGCAGUCCUCCAUGACCUACCUGUACGACGACAGUGACGUCUGGCACGACGUGUCCGACUUCCUCAUCUACAACAAAAGGACAGACAGCAAGUAG